AACUCCUGCUUCUCCUCGCGCAGCUCCGACAUGUCUGAGACCGCUCCGGCACCCGCUGCUGAGGCAGCGCCCGCCGCCGCCCCGGCUCCGGCUAAGGCCGCCGCCAAGAAGCCGAAGAAGGCGGCGGGCGGCGCCAAAGCCCGCAAGCCCGCGGGCCCCAGCGUCACCGAGCUGAUCACCAAGGCCGUGUCCGCCUCCAAGGAGCGCAAGGGGCUCUCCCUCGCCGCGCUCAAGAAGGCGCUGGCCGCCGGUGGCUACGACGUGGAGAAGAACAACAGCCGCAUCAAGCUGGGGCUCAAGAGCCUCGUCAGCAAGGGCACCCUGGUGCAGACCAAGGGCACCGGCGCCUCGGGCUCGUUCCGUCUCAGCAAGAAGCCUGGAGAGGUGAAGGAGAAGGCUCCUAAGAAGAAAGCAUCUGCAGCCAAGCCCAAGAAGCCGGCGGCCAAGAAGCCUGCGGCUGCUGCCAAGAAGCCCAAGAAGGCGGUGGCAGUGAAGAAGAGCCCCAAGAAAGCCAAGAAGCCGGCGGCCUCAGCCACCAAGAAGUCAGCAAAGAGCCCCAAGAAGGUGACCAAGGCUGUCAAGCCGAAAAAGGCGGUGGCUGCCAAGAGCCCGGCCAAGGCAAAGGCGGUGAAGCCCAAAGCUGCCAAGCCCAAGGCGGCCAAACCCAAGGCAGCCAAGGCGAAGAAGGCAGCGGCCAAGAAGAAGUAAACCCUUGUGGGAGAAAACCCUUGACCCGCUUUUAAACCCAACGGCUCUUUUAAGAGCCACCC